AUAAGCCGAAUCUCGAGAUUUCUACGUCAAAGAGCGACGGGGGUCUCCUGACGAGGAUUAGUCUUCAGACUGCAGAAGUAUCCCUACAAGCGACAUUAACGUACUCAUCGCUAACAUGAAACAUUCAUGGCAGUGCAUUGUCUCGAGUUCAAACCAGUUAUUGAAAUGAACUUUGCUCUAGACGUUUGCUAUAACCACAGUCCAUAUUAUUUGUUUUAACAUCCCAGUUGCUUUGUGCUAUUCGUAGAAACACGGAAGAUGUACGACAGAGCUGGUCCCAAGUCUCAUGGAUGGAAGCCCCAUAAUUAUUCUGAUUAUGAUUCCGGAAGUGAGUCACACCCUUUGAUGUCGUCUGAUGCCAGCCAAACGAGCCGAAGGAGUUUUGGAACCACCACGUUUAUGUUUCCGGAUUCUGAAACCAGCGACUUCGAAUCGAAUCCUGCGAAGCCUGUGAUGACAUUGGUACCGUCACCUCGGCCGAGACCUCUGGAGCUGUACAACGCUUCCAGGAGGCCGUUCGUGUACCACGCAAACAACCUCAGAAAGAACGACAGCAGCUGGGAGGACCAAAUGUCCGCCAUAACCUACAACCGGUUUCAAUACUACAGCAAACUUCGAACCUACGCCUUAGACGACUCGGCUCUGGUGAUUCCAAACCACGUUUUACCGUUCACGUACUUUGUACCCUACAUUUCCGGGUCCGAGUCGAAAGGAGACGGGAAACAAGGAAGUCUCGUCACCAUUUUUGCUGUGUGGAAUACCAUCAUGGGAUCAUCCCUCCUGACAAUGCCAUGGGGAGUGCAAAAUUCUGGUCUGUUGAUGGGUAUCGUUACUAUUGUCAUGAUGGGGGGCCUGUGCCUCUCCACGACGCACAAGAUCCUUCAGGUUCAGAUGCGACACGGGAAAGCAAAUUCUGAUGGAGAGGUAGCAGAGCUGGCAACACUGCUACUAGGUCGAUGGGCAGGCUACAUUGCUAAGCUGUUCUCGUUACUGGUGCUACUUGGAGCUGUGAUAGUGUACUGGGUGCUUAUGAGCAACUUCCUAUACCAUUCUGUUGACUACAUAUAUGAGACUGUCACACUUACAACAUCCAGUGAAGUCAACAGUUCCAUGACAACACCUUCUGUUCUAUGUCCUCGAGAUGAGACAGACGGUGAUAUAAUACUGAACGCAACAUUACAGUUGGAAAGGCCAAAGUCAAUAUACAACAAAGUGUGGGACCUAACGACGACCGUCCCAAUAUUCCUCAUUCUCAUCAUCGGCCCCCUCAUCAACUUCAGAAGCGUCACCUUCUUCACCAAGUUCAACUCUCUAGGCACUUUGUCUGUAAUGUAUACGCUGCUCUUUGUGAUAAUCAAGUCGGCAACCUUCGGCAUUAAUGUGGACUUUAUCAAUGUGACAAACAUCCACUUCACACCACUGUUUCAAGCAACAUUUCCAGCCUUAUCAGGCAUGGCAGCUCUCUCCUUCUUUAUCCACAACAUCAUCAUCACCAUCAUGAGAAACAACAGGAAUCAGGAGAACAAUACUCGGGACUUGUCCAUAGCAUAUCUCUUAGUAACCCUGACGUAUGCUUUCAUUGGAAUACUCUUCUAUGUCUGCUUUCCUCUCGACAAGAUUUGCAUUUCUGACAACCUGCUUGACAACUUCCAGAACUGGGACCCUAUGACCGUCAUCGCCCGGGUAUUUCUGUUUUUCCAGCUGAUCACGGUGUAUCCCCUAAUUGCAUUCAUGCUGCGAUCACAGUUUUUCAUGGCUGUUACAGGAGAUGUAUACCCUGGCCUACCUCAUGUCCUGGGUUUUAACACUUUCGUCGUCAUAGUCUGUGUUCUUUUUGCAAUCUUUAUACCCAGUAUUGGCACCAUUAUCAGGUAUACUGGUGCACUUUGUGGACUUCUUUAUAUAUUCACCCUACCCAUCUUGUUACAUCUUGCAUCGCAACGUGCGUGUGGAAAGACUUCACUGAUAUCUACAAUUUUACAUCUCAGCAUCCCAGUAAUAGGAGCAAUAAAUCUUUUAGCACAAUUUUUUGUGUGACAGAAGAAGAAGCCCUGUGCUACAUUUGAGCAGAAUAUUAUGGGACAAAAUGAAGCAUGCAUCUGAGCAUGGCUUCUACAUAAACAAAAGUAGCGUUACUGAAUGAUGACUGGAGUGUGCAUGACACAGGUAGAUUCAGCUCUACGUAAAUGUCUGUUGAAAAGGCUAAACCCUGUAUCAUCUUUGUAUAUCAGUCACUUUUUUGUUACUAAAAUGAAAGGAAAUAAUGCAAUAUGACAAAAAGUGAAGAAAACAUGCAGCAUGCCUCUUCUCUAAUUGUAUCUGAAGACAUUACUUUUCUGUCGCUGAAGCUGAAGAUAUUCCUUAUAUUGGCAAUGAAUUAACACUUAUAUUGAUAUGUUCUCAAAACACUAGCAACCACCUAAAUUUCUUCGUAAGAAUGUCUAUUGAAGUACGAAAAUAGUUAUUUCACUCAUUCACACUAUACAUUGUAAACUUCCAAGGAAAAGUGAAGCUAUUUUGCAUUUUAAAUUCUUCACAGUGUGGUGAAUUCAGUAUACUCUAAGCAUAUCGACAGAAUGAAUGAAAUCAAGAGUUAAUCAUGGAAACCUUUAAACAACGUCUCUCUCAUUUAGUACAGUGCUAAAAGAGUUAUGUGUAUAUUGACUAAUUUCUGUGAAAGCACUUAAUUCAGCAAUAUGCAAAGCGAGCUACUGACAACUGUUAUUUAAAUAUACCAUAAAUAAAUAGGCAGUUAAAUCAACAGCCAAAUUUUGAUCA